CUGUGACGGAUCUUCUCGGGCAGCAAAACAAAACAACAUUUGAAUCGCACAACGCAAUUUAAAAUAUUUAAAAGUUUAGUGUAAAAAGCAUGAAUCUGGCCCGGGGUUACCACCAGCUCCACUCGAAACGCUCGCACAUCCUUCGGGCUCUCUCGAUAUGCGAUUCGAACUUGAACCCCGGUCGUCACUGUUCCUCAAAUGCGACACCCGCCGGUAUGCCAAAAGUUCCACCAGCAUCAUCCGCCAAUGGGACGGAACCACUAGAUCUGAUUAAGCGGACGGUGUCCUACGGACAACCGAUGCCGGCCACACAUCCCCAUCUCCUGGGGGAAGAUGAACUGGUGACCGGGAUUCGCCUAGCGGAAGUGCAAGCUAGACGCCGGGCGCUUCUGGCGCUUGUCCGUAACCAUGCCGCGACCGGGCUGGACCGGAACAUGAAGGAGCACAUUGUGGUCAUACCGUCCGCGAACAAGAAGUACAUGAGCGACAAGAUUCCUUAUGUGUUCCGGCAGAAUUCUGAUUUCCUGUAUAUGAGUGGGUGUUUGGAACCAGACAGCGUUCUCACGCUGGAAGUGGACCAGGGAGGGAACGAGACCAGUACCUUGUUUGUGAGACCGAAGGAUUCCCAUGCGGAGCUGUGGGAUGGCCCAAGGACCGGGGUGGAGAUGGCCCCGCACGUUUUCGGAGUGGAUCAGGCUUUGAACGUAAGCGAGUUGAAGGGAUAUCUUACGAAGUACUCGUUCGCCCAUCCCCAAGGGCUGGUGUGGUUCGACGAGAAGGGUUGUGACCUGGGCGAUGUCCGGAAGAUGGUUGGGGACGUGAGCAAAUCGGGAGUGGUUCGCUCCCCGGUCGGAUUGAUUCAUAAGCUGAGGGUGGUCAAAACCCCAGCGGAAAGGGAGCUCAUGAGACGAACUUGUCAGAUUGCUUCGGCGGCCAUCAAUCGAACGAUGCAGGAGAGCCGGGCCGGACAGAGCGAACAUCAGCUGUUUGCCAAGGUGGACUUCUUCAGUCGGAUGGCCGGGGCGAGUUAUCUGGCCUAUCCUCCGGUAGUUGCCGGAGGAACGAACGCCACUGUGAUACACUACGUGAACAACAAUCAGAUCGUUAAUGACGGUGAGAUGGUCCUGAUGGAUGCCGGAUGUGAAUACGGAGGCUACACCAGCGACAUCACCAGAACGUGGCCAAUCAACGGAGAAUUCUCUGAACCGCAACGAGUACUUUACGAAUUACUCUUCCAAGUUCAGCAAGAACUUCUCGAAUGCCUCCAAACCGUCGGAGGGGAAACGUUGGACCAGCUAUUUGAUACGAUGUGCCUCAAGCUGGGCAAGUAUCUGCAGGAGGUGGGACUGAUCCCGAAGGGAGUGCAGGGCGUUGAGUUGGGCCGCGCGGCGUACAAGUUCUGUCCGCAUCACGUGUCACACUACUUGGGAAUGGACGUACACGACACGCCGCUGAUUUCAAGGAGUAUCUCGCUGGUGCCCGGGAUGGUGUGCACGGUGGAACCGGGCAUCUACAUCAGCCACAGGCGGAAAGACGUCCCGCCGGAGUUCCGCGGGUUGGGUCUCCGAAUCGAGGACGACGUUCUUAUCAAACCGGACCACCAGAUCGAGGUUCUCACCGAGGGGUGUGCCAAGGACCUCCGCCAAAUCGAAGCUCUCAUCGGAUCGUGAAAUUUCUACACAUAGACACCGCAAGGUACACUACAGGUAAGUAAAUCCGAAAUUCUUCCAAAUCCACUCUCUGCCGCCCAUUGAAGCGUACAACCCGUCGAUCGGAUUGAAAAAGACGAACAAAUUUGCAUCGUGUUACACGAAGGAGAUUGUAAAACAUCGUUAUAUAUUUUUCGAACACUAAAGCUAAGCAGUUUAACGAUUUCCUUAACACUUAUCACUCUGACUUAGUUGGUAGACGAGAUGCGAAUAAUAAAAAAAAUAGUAAAACA